GUAAUUACUAGGGGUAGUGAUCAAGUAGCUAUUAGUUCUAAGUUUGAAGUUCGUAAUGAUCCGGCUGUAUCAAUAGUAGCUAUGUGGAAUGAUAUGGGCAUAUUAAAUGAAGCAUGGAAGCAUAAACUAAUAUUUGUUGAAACACCGGAUGCUACUGAAACAAGUUUGGCUUUAGAGAAUUAUCGAAAGGCAUGUGAUAAUGGCCGUGGUGCCAUCUUACUAUCAGUUGCUCGCGGAAAAGUUUCGGAAGGCAUUGACUUUGAUCAUAAUUAUGGACGUGCUGUAAUUAUGUUUGGUGUACCAUAUCAAUAUACAGAGAGUCGAAUUUUGAAGGCACGCCUCGAGUUUUUGAGAGAGAAUUAUAGAAUACGUGAAAGCGAUUUUCUAACAUUUGAUGCGAUGCGUCAUGCAGCUCAAUGCGUUGGGAGGGUUUUAAGAGGAAAAACUGAUUAUGGACUAAUGAUAUUUUCUGACAAGAGAUUCGCAAGAGCAGAUAAACGUACCAAAUUACCCAGAUGGUUAAACCAAUUUAUCACGGACGCUUGUACAAAUUUAUCAACAGAUAUGGCGUUGGUAACAGCAAAAAAAUUUUUGAGAUCGAUGGCUCAGCCAUUUGAACGAGAUCAAUUGGGUGUAUGGUCGAUUGAAGAUAUUGAAAGACAAGAACGUGAGAGACAAGAACGUGUCAGUGGUG